UAUUUAACUUGGGACUGAGCAGCACUCGCUACAGACACACUCACACACAGUGUGCCUAAGCAAAGAAACGCUCCAGCGCCAAGUCUCUCAGACUCCUGAAGUAGGAGCGACUCAGUAGAAGCUUCUGUAUCAAAGGAGGAGAGACGCUCCCUCAGGGAUUGACCGCUUGCAUCGGCCGAGCAAAAAGGCUCCACGUUUUGGACAGUCUCGUUAUGCAGCAACAGAGGGAUUCAGAGCUUUUCUGACAGGAUUCUGAAAUGCCAAAGUGGAAGGAACUCUGAACCAACAGCGUUAACUGACUUUAUGCAGUUUGCAUUUGAUAUGCACUGACACUGCGCGCUUUUUCCAGCCUUGUUUUUACUUCAUGCACAGCCAAGAGUUUUGUGGGAAUGUUACAGCCAGAUACUUUUUGUAAAGAACUGCUGUGCGAUUUGGAACAUCCCCUGGAAAAGAUAAAUGGCUGUUAUUUCAUAAAUUGAGAUUGCAUCCCACUGCGGCGCAUUUUCUCGAAGUUUUUGGACUUUUUCAGAGAGUUGCACAAAUCGACGGCUGUGAUACCCCACGAGACUGGCUGCAGAGACGAUUUCUCAGUCCAUGGAUUGUGCAGCCCUGGGACCUUGUCAAACCUGAGAACGUCAGGCGACGUUAGGUGAAGCCACGUUUAUAAAAUCCGUGCGUAAAAAUAACAUUGGCCAAGGCAGCCCUCAUUGCCGGGCGCGUGACAUUUCAAACUUGGUGAAGUGCUCUUUUGUGCGCCCUUCUCUCUGUGUGUGGACGCUCCGGAUCUAUUCUGUCUUUUUAGAAAACACUUCAUUCCAUGCAGCUCUCGCUUCGGCCGCUGUCAUCCAGUGUAGACAGUUCGUCGUGGCUUCGAGUCCCCGGGGUAACCAUGACAACCGAAAGAAACCCAAAGUGAAUCCAAGGGAGCGGGGUGAGGCCGGAGAGAGCGUGAAUAGACUUUUCCCCAUUUUGUUUGGUGUUUUUGUGUGUGUUUAGACUACACACUUUUUUGCAAAGCAGAGGCUCUGCUCCGCGCUGCAGGGUUGGAAAGUUGAAGGAGUGUGCCCAAUGUCAUUCAAACCCGGCGCGGUCUAUUAAAAGUAUUGCCUUGCUGGUGACUGAACUUCUACUAUAUAUGAAGCCCCGGGCAAGUGAUUGCAGAGAAAACAGAAACCGGGAAAAUAACUUGAUUUAAUUUACGCGAGAAGAGCCCGUGCGUAAAAAAAGGAGGAAUAAUGGGCCUCUCACAAACGCUUCUCUUCUACCUGCUGCUGUGCGUCCACCUUGGAGUUUCCCAGCAUUACCUUCGCCUCCGUCCAUCGCCCAGUGAUCACCUCCCCGUGCCCGACCUCAAGGAGGACCCCGAUCCGGAGUACGACCCCCGUGAGCAGGACUUGGCCGAGAGGACUCUGAGGAGAAAACUCGGCAGCAACUUUGACCCAAACUUCAUGUCCAUCAGCUCGCCUAUGCUGGUGAAUAUCUCCGCAGCAGACAACCAGGUGAAGCUGCAGGGGCCCAUGCCCAACGAGAUUAAAAAGCUGGACCUGACUGAGACCCCAUAUGGGAAGCGGGUCAAAGUGGGCAAGAAGGCCCGCAGGAAAUUUCUGCAGUGGCUGUGGACCUACACGCACUGCCCUGUGGUGUACACCUGGAAGGAUUUGGGCGUGAGGUUCUGGCCGCGCUACAUCAAGGAGGGGAACUGUUUCUCUGAGCGCUCGUGCUCCUUCCCCGAGGGGAUGUCUUGCAAACCCGUCAAGUCAAUCAACAAGAUUUUCCUGCGGUGGUAUUGUCAAGGGUUUCUAAAACAGAAAUACUGUACGUGGAUACAGGUGCAAUACCCAAUCAUCUCAGAGUGCAAGUGCUCGUGCUGAUUCUCUCUAAGGAAUGAGUGGUGGUCGUCGCGGGGGGAGUGGACUGGAAAUACGGUUUCUAUUGCACUGUUAACUCUCUACAGAGGUGGGCACCAUAGCAAAUCUAUUUUUUUAUAUAGCAUUUUAAGUGAAAUACCAACAUUGUACAUAUUUAAGAAAAUGCAGCUAUUUUUUCUAAUUGAACCAGGACCAUAUUUUAUUCUCAACCCUGAAACGUGUUUUGGGGGGAACACGAGCACUUCAGAAGGAAGAGCUUUUUUGAUAUUUUUAUGAGACAUUGAAGAUGGAAUGCAUAUGCUACACCUCUCCAAGAGGUGACCUUUUUUUUCAACAGAACAUUGAUGCUGACUGUUAUUUCACUGCAAUGCUGCCUAGAGUUUUUGUAUAAUAUUAAUAUCAAUAAUAAUUAAAUUGUAAAAAAAAAAAAAAGUUGAGGUUAAAAAUAUAUAUAAAGGCGUGAACUCAGCUUUUUGGAAUACAUAGUAUUGUAGAAAUAAACAAAUCUGUACGUUUUAUUUAUUAUUUUAACGAUUGUGAGUAUAGAGCAUAAAGAAAGAGAAUAGCAGAGUAUACCAGAAAAAAUAUGGGAGAUGUCUACUUGAAUAUUUCUAAAAACUGAAAAAAAAUUCAAUAAAAUAAAUAAAAAAGUAAAACAUAUCAGUGUACAUGUUAUGUUUACACAUUUUAGCAAUAAAGACUAUGUUUUCAACGUGUUUUAGUGUCAAGCCAUGUUGCUUACUACGAGUGUCUGUAUCCGGGGGGCGUGUACACAGAACAGUUUCAUCUGACAAUGCUUUCUCAUUUAGUCUUCACAAAUAUCCUGGUAAGAGAAAGUCUGCUGAUGGCUCAAAACAUGUUUUCUUGUUGGCAAAAAAACGUUUAAUUUGGAAUAUUGCUAUACCUGUGUGUCAUGAAAAUACAGUUUCUUUCAGAAAAAUGAGUUUUCUUGAAUUGAAAAUGAGUAAAUCUGAGCUACAAUUUUAAAAAAUGUUGUUUCAGACGGACAGAUAUUUUUUACAGUGUACUCAGCCGGGCUCUUGAGUGGAGUGGAGCUACAAACUGCACAGUUAAGUCCAAGCUUCAGUGAUUCUAUGUGGACUAUCCGACGGUCCAUGCACGCCGUCACAGUGAUUUGAGAAAGGGCUGCGUAAUGCGCAACACAUACCUUCAGCGCCUUCACAGAACUUGUAUUCAUUUGUCUCCGAGAGAGAGAGAGAGAGAGAGAGAGAGAGAGAGAGAAAGAGAGAGGGAGGGGGCACACACGGACAUCCAUCUGCCAUAUCUACGCACAGGCUCGUCUCAGGGGCUCCGAGGUGUUAACAUAAUGCGUAAAAUAUGAUUCAAACAUUUCAAACAGUGUCACAUGAUGAAAUGGGGAGCGUUUACGCGCGAGCCAGGGGCGUCUGGGGUCUGUCCGUUUUACUCUGGAAGCUCCACACAAGUUCCACUGAGGUAUUUGUAUAGAGGUGGACUGGAGCAGACCGGCGCCUAUUCAAGUCUGACCGCCCUGAAGAGAGAGAAGGGGAGAGAGAGAGAGAGAGGGGGGGGGGGGGGGGGUAACACAAAGCCCAUAAAACAAUGGUCAACUGUUUUUCACGUUAGCAGACUAUUAAUUGGAGAGCUGCUGUCUGCGCGUUAAAGAGAUAUGGCCAAUUAAAGGCGCAGGGAAAUGAAGUCCUAUGAAAUCAAAGAGUCGUUUUCUGUAAGGAGGAGUUUUAUAGUGUUUAUAUUAUUCUUUAAACACAA